UUUCCUCCUUGAGAACAGAAGUGUCUUUGGCAUCACCAGCUCAAGGUCACUUGCAGUUCUGGUUCUCCAGCGUUCGUGUUCCUUUUCUAUGCCACUCCUGAGAUACUUGAUAGCUUGGAAAUGUCUUAAAGGUAUCCUGGAUUUUUGUUUCAGUUCAGCUCUUAAUGAAGUGGAGGCAGUUGCCUACAUGCUGCAGACCACAAUGCUUAUUUGUUGUUACUCACAAGAAACAAGUACAUACUAAUGGCAGAACAGUUACCACCGGAAAGUUUUUGUGUUACAUCCAGGCUGUGAUGGAGUCUUGUGGCUGACCAGUUUAUUUUGUCAGUGACAGCGCAGGCUGACUGAACAGAGCUCUGCAAUGCAUGGAAGUCCUGCAGGACUUGCUGGCAUUCAUCACUCAUGUAACACUUCAAGUUUUUCGGAUGUAAUUUGAGGGGUAUUGGAGAUGAAGCAGCAUGUGUAGCAGUAGGCAAGUGCAAAAUGUCAUUAGAAGCAAUAGUCUCUCACAAAGAAAAGGUGAAUUUAAUGGGCAAUUCCAUUUUUUGUAAUAACCUCACUUUCUUAUGAUGUUUAAGUGUGGGUAUACUGUGAUCUGCAAUAUGAAGCCAGGCAAUUUAGUUUUAUUAAAAAAAAAAAAAAAAAGCUGGGGGGGGGUUCACACUGUCAAUGGCACGGAAUACUCUCCUCUGGCUGCUGAAGCAAGAUGCAAACAUUAGGCACUAAAUCAAUGUUCUGAAUAAAAACUACCUUUUAUUGUAAGCAAAAGGAAUAAGUUCAAUAAAUAUUCAAAGCAAAAGGAAUAAAAGAUUUCUGCCAGUAUUUGAACAUACUAUCAUCCUGAAGACAAAACAAUCAGUCAGAUCCAUUGGGUCACUUCUUAUUUUUGUGCUUUUACCAGCAGUUCAAAAAGGGGAGGAAGAGGAGGAGGAAGUUUAAAGAAAAAAGCUGACCUUAACUUUGUGACAGACACUUAAAACUUCUCAUUAUGGGUCAACUAAAGCCCUUUCCUUCUGUCCUUCAUCGCACUGAUAAUUUUGCAGGUGCCUAUGGGUGCACAGUGGGAUUCAAGUAAUGUUACAAGCUGAACAGCUGCAUCUGAGUAGGAGGCGCCUUUGGAUUUAUCUUGCCUGUUUGUACCUCGGACAACACUAACAAGGAGUAUUUGCUGCAGCUGGCAAGAAUGCUCCAUAAUGGAUCAUCUCUCGCUGUGCUGUGUGAGUAGGUAUUAGAGGGCAAAGCCUCUUCCGUACUGCUGGGAUACGCAGCACGUGUGGCUGAGCCUGGAGGGGGAAGAGACGCUUUGUGCCCCUUGGGUUUGUCUGGCAAGUCUCCAUAUGGAACUAACAGGGGGGGGUUUCCUUCUUGUUUUAUAAAAUUCUUUGUUUCACACAGCAUUUGCCAUUAGGGUCUGUUGUCUGUGAGGAAGGUCAGAGAACCAGGAUUAUACAAAUAAUGCUAAUUAAUGAAACUAAUGUUUUUUGCUUAAAUUUUUAAAUAGCUAUUAAUAAGGUUCAAGAUUUCAAGACUCCCAUUUGCCCAGAAAGAAAUACGGAAGCCACUUGUGCAUCUCUAUUGGAUUGGCAUUGUUUCACGGCACUGCAUGCCAUGCCUGUAAUAGCACACUGGUGGUGGCUAUGCUGGUGGCUGUGCAGGUAUUCAGUGCAAGUGAUCUUUUUCUGGCUAGACUUCCUUAUUGAAAUAUUUGUUGCAAGCUGUCUGACUUAAAAAUGCCUUUGACUUGUUAUAUUUAAAAUCAGUCUUUUUCUUUAUGUCCCUAAAAUGACAAUGUUCAUAUACUACUCUUGAUUCAGUAAAAAUAGUGGCUAUUUUGAUUAUUUGUCAUCAAGAAUGUUUAUAGACUUGAAAGAAUUAAUUAUGUAAAGGCAUUUUCCUUGAAAAAAAUCUGAUUCUUUAAAUGUUAUAGCAGGGUUGCGAAGCUUUUAUUGUCAGUGUGCUUUAUUUUAAAGAUACAAAUGCAGUAAAACAAAGCUCUAUGGUUGGUGAUGGAAAUAAGUUUAUAUGAACACAGUAACCUUUAAUUUCUCUUCUUCCUGAACCACAUAGAAAUUGUAGUAAAAAAUAGGACUACAGAUGGUUUCAUAGAAUAACUUCAUUAAUUGCCCUAGGAAUUAAGGUGAUGUUAGUGGAACAAAUUCUUCUAAAUCUUAUUUUUCCUUCUCAAAGGGAACAGAUUUUUUGCAGUAUUGUUAAUUCAAACAAUUUGGUGAGCAUUUAAGGAGUUUUACUGACUCACUCUUCUGCUGGUCACUUUUAUUAGCAUUAAAAAGCUGACUUGAAUUUCUACUGAAGAAAAAACUAUCACCUCAUAAGCAUCUAAAACUUAACAUUUAUUUUUAAGAUGGAUGGAAAGCAGGUGGCUCCAGAGUCCAGUUUGCUGCUUACAGGAAAAAAAUUAUUCCUGUAUCUUGUACAAUUGAAUUCCAGUUUGUUCUACAACCUUUCACUCUGGCUAUUGCCCUCUUAAGAAUUCUUUUGUCUCCUUUCAGCUUCUUUCAGUGUAGCCAAAAUGUAGUUUCCUUUACAUCAGCUAGGACUGUAUAUAAUGCUGGGAAGUGCUGUGCUCUGAAACUCAUGCAACUCAGGUAUUAGUUCUCUUCUGCUCCUAAAUAUCUCCUGAUAAAUCUGUAUAUUCACAGAUCUCUGACCUGUGGGAUGCUAAGUGAUAUAAGGAAGGGGAAAAUUUCCACUAUGUGCUGAUGGGGUAUCGUGAAACUUAGACAAUGUUAUCCCAGGCCACUGGGAUAAAACUGGUUAGUGGCCUCUAAAUAUCACAAGACCACCAAGUCAGCUAUAAUCAUUUAGUGGCCUUGGCAGACACGUCAAAGUGUGUUUUUAUUAUAAAGAUAAAUAUUCUUUCCUCUCUUACAGAAGUAAGAGAACAACUUAUCUUCUUGAGAGGACAUGCUAAUGCUGCUACUACUGACUUUCUCCUGCAUGUAAGGGGAAUAUUUUUAUUUCUACAACUGCCUACCUUGUACAAUGAAUUCACUUCAAGAACUGCAUUUUUUCCCCCAUGUUCUCCUUUUGAAAAAGUAUGAGAGGAAGAGAUCGGAGGCAAAGGGAUGCUCACUGUCCCAAAGCCUGUGGUUUUGAUAGGAUUGCCCUGUCACACCAGGAGUCCCCCUGCAUUGGGAUUUCCCCGCUGCUUUCUCCCCCCAUUCUACAUACAUGCAACAGUGAAAAGGGGCGUGGGAGAACCAGGCUCCCCUACGUGCUACUGCCACCAAUGUCGCAUUUGAUGCUGGGCAAAUUGCUUAAUCUCUCAGUACCUCCGUUCAUAGUGCUCAGAGCUGUGGUAGUGGGGGCUAUGCAAGUUAAGAGUGGCUAUUUCUCUGUUCUCUAGUGAAUGUAACUUUUGUAUUACACAUACUAAUGUACUUCAGAAGUGAAGUCAGUAAAUUCUUUAUAUAGACUUUAUGAUUUAAUUAUCUUGUUAACAGUUGGAGUAGUUCUGCUGUGCCCUCACGAAUAUUUUUUUAACUCUGUUCACUUUCAUAGCCUGGGAGAAAGAUUUAAUUUUAGAAGUUUCAGUUGACAAAGACAUGCUGGUGCUAGAUACGCAUUUCAGAUCCUUGUCAUUGUACUCUAUUUUGAGUUCAAGUGCCAGCCAACCUAAAGAGCACAGCCUUUGUCUAUGCUGAGUGCUCUACAUCUGUGCUGCAAAGCUGAACUCUUCCAAGCCUUAGCAUAAGGCCACCAAAUUUACUUUCAUAGUUUUCCUGUAUAAUGAAAAAAAAUGUUCUGAUGAGUUCUUUUCUGUAGCACAGAGCUGAAACUGAUUGUAAAAACAAUGCUUCUGCCUACAGAGGUCUGCCCGGUCGGCGUUGUCGAUUGUUAAGAUGCUUGCCUAUCAACAGCCACUCGAGAGAGAAUUUUAAAUGGUUUUGUGACGUCAAGGAGGCCCAAGAAAAUACAGUCUGGUGCCAAACUAACUCCAUUAUUGAAAGCACACAGUAGAUAACACAAAAAUAAGUCUUUUGUGCAAUAGCUAUCUAAUGACAUGCUUUAGCAUCUCCAAUGAGUGAGGUUGUCUGGUAGAGGGGUGGCUAAAGAAGAUGAGUUUUCAGAGAUUUGUUCUCUAAUUCAUGAUUAAUGAGAAGCCAGCUGAAUCUCUCCGACAUCCUGCUGCCCGGACACAAUGUCUGCGAGUAACUUGGACCCUGCAGAGGGAAAUGUCCUGACUAAGCUACAGCCUACAAAAGUGAACAAUUUAAGCAUGAUGGACAAAAAACUGAAUCUGUUGAAUGAAAAGGUGGACAAAUUGUUGCAUUUCCAGGAAGACCUGACAGGCAAGCUGCAGCGAGUUAACAAAGGCAUUGAUGAUCUAGAAAAAGACAUUAACAAGCUAACGGUAUCCCGAGCAGCUCCUGAUGAGACCGAUGCAAUGAAAAAAGUUCUAAAACUAUCAGACAGUACGCGCCAGGCAGAUAUCCAGAGCAUAUGCUCAGAAGUAUUGAAAUUGAUGAAAAUUGUCCAGCUAGAUGCCUCAAAGCAUAAGGAGAGGCUGGCAAAGAUAGAGAAAAGGGUUGAUACGCUGGAUAAGGUUAUUACGUUCAUGGGAGAAACAUUAAAAAAUUCGAAAGUAGUGGAUUUUAUUCUCAAAGGCAUUGUUCCCUGGAAGAAGGGAAGUCUGCUGGAAAUCCUUGUGGAGGCCAAAGAUAAACCUGAAGAGAGUGGUGCAAAACCUAAGCAUGUGCUUAGUAAUAGAGGAACACAAACUGAAAGCAAGAAGCCAGUGGAAGAGAUCAAAAGUGGGAAAAAAUUGGAUGAAAACAAUGGAGCAUGUGAGAAGGUGAACACUUCUAGUGCUACAGCUCACAAAGUUGACUCUAAACCCCAAGUUAAAGAGCGAAUAGCGCAGCUGCAAGCAGUAGAAGGUGCUGGCAAAACCCAGAGCUCUAAGGUUUGUCAACAACAAAAGGACGUUGGUGUCAAAACUGUGAAUGAACACAAUGGCCUUCCCUUCGUAAAUCAAGAUCGUGUAGGGAACCAAAAUGCUCCUGCUAAAGCAAAUGAUACAGACAGAGCCCUGCAUCUAGAAGAGCAUCACAGGCAGCUUCUUCAUCAGAAACUCAGAGAGAACGAACCCAAACUUGCACGGCUGAGCGCAGCCUCCCGGGAAGCUGUGCCCUCCACGUCCUGGGCCGUAUCUGACACAGGGUGCGAAGUGACACGUACCAGGAUAUCCAUCAGUGUGCAUAUGACUGAAACAAAAGAACAGACUGAGGUGACCAAGGAAGGAAGCUUAAAUGAUCACAGAGGCAAAAGUUCCAAAGCAAAAUCUCCAUCCUCCACACCAGCAGAAGUAGAAGCAGUUAAACAGCUGCCUGACAAAUUAAAACUUAAACAGAGUCCUAAAAACACCAGCACUGAGCCAAAUCAAGAAGUGAAAACGGACAAUAAACAAAGUCAACCUGCAUCUCAAAUAGGGAAACAACAGGCAUUACUGAGCAAGUCCAAACCAGCUAAAAAGGCUGAAGAGAAAUCAGAAUUAAAAUGCAAGCCCAUAACCUCCCAGAAUGCCUCUGCAAAGGAGUUGGAGAAAGAUCUGGGGGUAGAAGUGAAAAUCCAUCAAGAAACCACCAAAGCAGAAGAAUCCCUGAAGGAUAUCAACCCUGACAGGAAAGAGUCUGAGUAUGCAUCUUCAGGAGGGAGUGGAAAUGAUGCAAAUCAGUGUACAGGAACAGCACCAGAGAAGACUAAACCUUUAGGAACUACCAAAGAGCUUCCUAAACAGGAUGAAAUGAUUAUUGAUGACAGCCCUUCUCCUCCAGCUCCGUUUGAACAUCGCAUAGUGAGUGUCAAGCAAAUGGAGGUGACAACAUGCUACUCUGUAUGUCGUCAUGAAGUACUAGGGGGGGGACGUUUUGGGCAAGUUCACAAAUGCACAGAAAUAUCAACGGGUCUCAACCUGGCAGCCAAAAUCAUAAAAGUGAAAGCAGCAAAAGAAAGGGAGGAAGUAAAAAAUGAAAUUAACAUCAUGAACCAAUUAAAUCAUGUGAAUCUGAUCCAGCUUUAUGAUGCUUUUGAAGGCAAAAAUAAUAUCACUUUGAUCAUGGAAUAUCUUGAUGGUGGUGAAUUAUUUGACCGGAUCACUGACGAAAACUACAAUCUAACAGAGUUGGAUGCAAUCCUGUUUACCAAGCAAAUUUGCGAAGGAGUCCACUACUUGCACCAGCGUUAUAUUCUCCAUUUAGAUCUGAAGCCUGAAAACAUAUUAUGUGUAAAUCACACAGGAAACCAGAUUAAAAUUAUUGAUUUUGGAUUAGCAAGGAGGUAUAAACCUCGUGAGAAACUGAAAGUUAAUUUUGGCACUCCGGAAUUCCUGGCUCCCGAAGUGGUGAACUAUGACUUUGUUUCCUUCCCAACGGACAUGUGGAGUGUGGGUGUCAUCACGUACAUGCUGCUUAGUGGCCUGUCCCCAUUCCUGGGAGAAACUGAUGCAGAGACGAUGAAUUAUGUAGUCAACUGCAGCUGGGAUUUUGAUGCAGAAGCAUUUGAACAGCUAUCAGAGGAAGCAAAAGACUUUAUUUCCAGACUACUUGUGAAGGAGAAAAGCUGCCGGAUGAGUGCAACACAGUGUCUGAAGCACGAGUGGUUAAGCAACCUGCCUGCCAAAGCCAAGAAGUCCAAGUGUCGCCUGAAGUCCCAGUUGUUGCUGCAGAGUUACAUGGCUCAGAGAAAAUGGAAGAAACAUUUUUAUGUGGUGGCUGCUGCUAACAGGCUGAAGAGAUUUCAGAGCAUGUCUGUCAAGCUUGCAUGAGCUUGUAUGAAGCAUCUACCGCUCUUGCACAUGGACAUCAAACCAUGAAAGAAGGACUCAGUUUUUUUCAAUAAUUUCUAUCCUUUUCUUUUGUAACAUAAGAUUUUGGGUCUGUUCUGCUCAAAUAUUAUGUGCAUUAGAGUGCUUAGGUUCCAGAAAUGCCUCAGGGCAGAAGCACAGAAACAAUUUCUAAAAGCAGAAGCUACCUAGCUUGUUUUUACAAGUUUUUAGUUAUUGGAGAUAGUGAUACAUAAACAUGGCUGUUAGUGGGACUGACUUCUUGCUGAAGGCUUUGAUUCUACAGAAAUUCACUGGUAUGUUUACACCAGAAAAGACCUCAGCAGCUUUCUGAUUUCUCACAUCAAACAUAAAAUCUCUAAAGACUUUUUCUUUACUGCUGAUGGACUUGAUCAAUUUUAGAGCACUGCCACAACAGUGGCACAUAUAUAUAUUUUUCCCCCCAAUAUCUGUUACUUAAAGCAAAAGGGAUCGGAUAUCCUGUUCUUCUGUAAUUUUUCCAAAAAGAUUUCAUUUUUUUCCUCUAAAACAUGACAAGCACAACUACUCAGAAUUGAGUAUGUAUGUAUAUGCAUACACACACAACUGAGUAGUGUGUGUGUGUGUGUGUGUGUGUGUGUGUAUAUAUAAAAAAAAAUUCUAUUGUCUCCUUUAAAUAGUCACCAAAUAUUUUGGGAAUAUGAGGAAUCCUGGUUUGAAAGCAACUUAAGUCAAUAUGUCCAUUGCUGGUUUUCUUUUUUUAAUAGUGAGCUGAAUUAAAUUGAAAUCUUUUUUUGGAGAAGAUGACAUUUCCAGGCAUUAAAUUACACGUUGUUAAAACUUGUAAAGGUUUCUCAUCGACUGUGAUUGCAGCACUUAAGUUUGUAAGUUUUAGUCUGAGGACAUUUUUUCCUUUUUGGCAAUUGUGAUGAAGUCUAUCCAAGAAGCUGACAUGCUGGGAUAUGCAAAAUAAUUUUAUUAUUGUUCAGUGGCUGGGAGAUGGUGUGUUGCAGGACUCUGCCUUUGGCCCAGUAAGAAGGCUGGAGCCCUUUUUUUUUUUUUAUUUUAUUUUAUUCUCAAACACUAGACUUUUUCCUUCCAAUACUAACUUAUUUGUUUUUAAACAGAAAUGUUUUCCUGAUGUGUCAAAAGUUGGAGCCACUUACAAUCCCUCAGCUAAUAGAAUAACAUUGUUUACUAAGCACGUGGUUUCCUUUAUUCCUGUUCUAGAUUCUGCAAAACUCAGCAUGAGCUGAAUGGGCUCUUUGGGGAAAAAAACAGAAACUAAUAGUAUUAAAACUAGCUUUUCAGCAAAGGCAUCAUCAAGCCACUGUCAAGCUCCCAUUGACUUUAUGGACUUUCACAUCCCUUGAAGUAGAAAAAGUGGUGGUUACUAAUAAAGAGGAUUUUAAGAAUGGC